CAGUACCAUGACUAACCAGCGUUACUCAUACUCUCGUCGUCAGUUACAGGUCGUCUUCACCGGCCCUUUCUCUCUCUAAACCUCCGUCUCUUCUCCCUUUCUAAAAUCUCCCUUUCUUCUUCAGGGCGGCUUGCUGGCACCUCAUGCCACCGGAACGUUAGGGUUUUUCAGAAAAGAAGAAGCGGUAGUGUGAUAUCAUCGCCUUACAAGGAGUUCUAUCUCACUCUAGGGUUUAUGUUUGCUGAAGUUUUCAUGUGUUAUGAAUAUCGUCAAUGGAGAUGUCCUUUCCUUUCUCCGGUAACGGCGAUUUUCCCUUUGUUUCUCUCUUCUUAGCCCUAAUCGUGACUCUAGUCUGUUGUUUCGUCUCACUCCUGCCCUUCCGAUUGCUCAAAUUCUCACAAUCGGAUAAAACCAAGGCUUGUAAUUGUGCAUGUUCUAAUUCUAAGGGGUUUGUUGGAGCUACUGAUUCUAUGGCUGUUACGGCGACGGCGAGGAUGAUGAAUGGUGGAGGCGGUGGAGGACAGGUGGUGAUGGUGGAGAGGGAGCGACAACAGAUGAUAGGUGCGUCAAUGAUGGAACAGUUAGUUCCGGAAAUCACCACACAUGCUUUGAGUUACUUGGAUUAUCCUAGUCUCUGUAGGCUGUCAAUGACCAAUUCUUCCAUGCGGAGGGCUGCUAAUGAUGAUAAUGCUUGGAAGGCCCUUUAUCAUAAGGAUUUUACAAUGGAACAAGAUAGUGUAACACCUGCAAAUGGAUGGAAGGCGUACUACGCAGCUACUAGAGCAAUUGUGAAUAUAAAUCAACAAUUUUUUGAUAUGAUUCGAGAAAGAUCUGUUCCAGACAUGGGUCGGCUUUGGCUUAAUGCAGAUUAUGUGAAAUGUAUUCAUGCCUCAGGGGAGCUCUUUACCGGGUAUAACGGGGUGAUAGGGAGCUGGCAGCUGGCAUUUAACUGGGAAGCGGAAGCAGGGGAAGCAGGGGUUGAUUUUGAGGUGAGGGAUGUGAGGUCAAGGGUGCUCAGUGACGUGGCUUGGGUGACAAUGAAAGCUUAUGUAGGAAUGGAGCAGAGGCCUCUGAAUGUGACGAAUGUGUUUGAGCUUCAUAAUGGCCAGUGGUACAUGGUUCAUCAUCAUACCUCUCUCAUGCUUGCUAAUGCUGCUGCAGAUCAACCGCAACCUAUGAUGCUCAUGCUGCCCCCCUGACAAGUGACAACACAAGCAACCAAGAGUUUCUUUCUUUUUAUAUGAGUUUAGGGAAAAAUGGUACAGAGUUGUUUUAAUUAGGAUUCAAGGAUAUAUAUAUGUUUGUUUUACUUUGGAUUCGAUCUGAUAAUCGUAUAUGGAACUUUUUUCUUUCUUUUC